GCUGAAGACGCGAUCGAAAAGCUCAACAAGGCCCCUGCUUCUGCAGCCAAUGAGACCAAGACCGAGGGUGAGGAUAAUUUACAGAUAGUUAAGACCUGGAAUCUACCAGAUGAGAAUACAGAGGGGUAUUGGCUACAUUAUACGGCUCUUGCUCGUAUGGAUAAAUAUAUGUUGCCGAGUUCGGGCAGUGUCUGCAUCCGUCUUGAAGAGGGCAUGGACAUGCCCCAAGCAGGAAAGCUGCAAGAUAUGAGUAUAUGCUCUCGACUAAAUGUGAAUAGGGCACUUACCGAACCAGAAGAGCCCAAAGAUGCCGAUGAGGACGACUUCCUCCUGAGUUUGGUUCAUGAUACGAGAACGUACAAGAGUGUCACAGCUGUCAGAGCGAUGAAUGCGACCACCAUCUCGCACAUCACGAGAGAGACUAGACAACUGUUAGGCUGUUCGAGGGACGAAUUUGAGGAUAGUCCGAUCUCUGAGGACGACGGCGGAAUAGGGGCUUGGGAGCCAUCGCAAUACGAAAAGUCUAUAGGGAUUCUGCGGCGCUGGUCAAAAGGGUCUUUGGCGAGGGGCAAGAGACUGGAUCUCCGUGAUUAUAACGACUUUUUCCUAGAGCAUCGUGGAGGCUCGUGGCGCAGGAGAGGCAUCCAGCCACCCAGCGCGUGGCCCGAUAGCAUGCGCAGAUUCAUCGCUCCAUCCUCUCGUCAUGCAGAGCAGACUGCCUAUGUAUCCUGUUCGCUGUUGAUCUUGGCUGAGACCAAGCUUGACUCAUGCCACCCAAGACCUGCCAGUUUUGCGAAAAGGCUCGUGCCAUCAUACGCAGGCCAAAAACGGGGGAUCACGUCUGCAAAGAAUGCUUCUUUAAUGUCUUUGAGACAGAAGUACACAAUACGAUCCAACUCCACUGUCCUUGCUCAUGUUAUGAAAACUCUGAAUGAGCGAUACCAAUACGGCCUCGAAUUAUUUCUGCUAUCUAUCGACGAAGGCAUCACCGGAUAUCGAGACGAUUCACUAGAGACGGUCAAACGAAAUCAGCAACAAUACAAUCUUCCGCUAAAGAUUCUAAGUUAUCACGAACUCUACGGAUGGACAAUGGACGCUAUAGUGGAAAAGGUGGGACGUAAGAACAACUGCACAUUUUGUGGGGUAUUUAGGAGGCAGGCAUUGGACCGUGGAGCGGCUCACCUCAAUGUCGACCACAUAGUCACAGGACAUAACGCGGAUGACAUUGCAGAGACGAUAAGUACACAGGGUGAAGAUACAAUACGACGCUCUAAGCCUCUGAAGUAUGCUUAUGAAAAGGAGAUUGUCAUGUACGCCUACUUUAAGAAACUGGACUACUUCUCCACCGAGUGCAUCUACUCGCCGGAUGCAUAUCGUGGGCAUGCAAGAGCUUUCCUUAAAAACCUCGAAGUUGCCAGACCCAGCGUGAUCAUCGAUAUCAUACAUUCCGGAGAAGCGUUUGAAGUCGCACAAGAGGUGGCUAUCAAGCCUCAGAGAACAUGCGCACGCUGUGGCUAUAUCUCUAGCAACGAACUCUGUAAAGCUUGUCACUUGCUUGAAGGUCUCGAAAGAGGUAUUCCCAUGUUGGGUGUGCGUGAUGGGAAGAAGACAAAGACAGAGAGGAUAGAGAUCGAGGUCACAGACACCAUCAGAACAAUUCCCAAGUUUGAACUACCACAGGUGAUGCGGGACAAGGAGCCAAAUGGCGCGUUAGGGACGAGUGUGGCAUGA